AUGUCAGUAUACUUCUCCGGAGUUAUGGUUCGUCUUAUGCUCGUGCUUGCUCCAGCAGCAUGCAUCAUGUCUGGAAUUGCUCUCUCUCAAGCUUUUGAUGUUUUCACGGCUUCCAUCAAAUACCAGUUAGGUGAAAUGUCCAAUUCCAAAGAUGAUGUUAAGGAGAAAAUUUCUACAAACAAUGAAACAAAAGAUGAUGCUUCUUCUGCUAAGGGUGAAAAAGUUGCCAAAGAACGGCCGUCAAAGAAGGGUAAAAAGAAAGAGAGAGAACCUGCUGAUAAACCUUCUGUUAAGUCCAAGAUUGCUAAGAAGAAGGCUCUUGUUUUGCCUCUUGAAGCCUCUAUAGUUGCGCUUCUUCUCCUUAUAAUGUUGGGUGCUUUCUAUGUGAUUCAUUGUGUUUGGGCAGCUGCAGAAGCAUACUCAGUUCCAUCAAUAGUUCUGACAUCGCAAUCGCACGAUGGCCUACAUGUCUUUGAUGAUUUUAGAGAGUCUUAUGCGUGGUUAAGCCAUAACACUGACGUGGAUGACAAGCUGGCAUCAUGGUGGGACUAUGGUUAUCAGACGACAGCUAUGGCAAACAGAACUGUUAUCGUCGACAACAACACCUGGAACAAUACUCACAUUGCAACUGUUGGCACUGCAAUGUCAUCUCCAGAAAAGGCGGCGUGGGAGAUUUUCAACUCAUUGGAUGUGAAAUACGUUCUUGUCGUCUUUGGUGAUCGCGACGGCAAGAUGGCUGACGUGACUAGGGCUCCACGCACGAAGGACUUUGGAUCUACAUCCAUCCAAUGUCCGAUGUUGUCACCGACAAACUACACAGUUUGGUCGAUGAGGAUGAAGGUUCUACUACGUGUUCAUGAAGUGUGGGACACAAUCGAACCCAGUUCAGAUGAUCAAAAGAAGAACGAUGUUGCGAUAGCUCUUUUGUUUCAAUCUGUUCCAGAGACUUUGAUUCUCCAGGUGGGAGAACAAACCGCAUCAAAAGAGAUCUGA